AUGCCAUCAACGAUCGACUCUGAGCAGUUAGAUGAUGCGGAGAAUCCUACCAAUCGCAGGCCGAUAACCUCUCUGCCUCGCGCACAGACCUUUCAGCGACAAGAGUCAGAGAAGCGCGAGAAACUGGUCCAGGUCGAGGAACCUGCGCACGAGCGCCGUAGACCAUCAGUCGAGAAGCGAGAUCGUGCCACUAGUUUAAAUGCGUUGACUCCUCCUGUGUCGCCAGAUCAGCUGAAUGUGUCUUUGCCGACGAGCUCGAUUCUCAGCGAAUCGAGCCCUUCGGCGCUUGCGCAGGUAUGUGACCCCGAGGAGAACCGUUCGGUGUCGUCCUCCUCGAGGAGUAGACCUCAAGACCUUCCGACGCUACAAAUCCCUCAGAUGAAUAGCCCUGGUCCUCCACCGCUCGAGGCGAAUGCCGAAAAACCUGCUUAUAAAGAGCCGGAGAUAUCCGUGCUGUAUGAGGAGUUCCAGAAGAGAUGGCUCUUGAACAUGAGCAUGAAUUUCCGCGAUCGCUCCUGUCGCGAAAAGUUCUUUGUCACGUUUGCGGAGAAGCCGAAUGUAUGGCGUCGCGUCACCGUUUCUGUGGAUUAUCGCCAUGCGCCCCUUGACUCGCUCGAAGACCAGGUGAACAAACUGGAAACUCAAAACGACAAGAGUUUCCGCAUAUUCAGGGCGGUCCACGAGUCUCUACCACAGAUACAUUAUUUCGAGACCGUCACGAAUCUGAGGAUCGAAACGACCCCUCACGACAUGCAGCUACACAUUCACGUACGAGAGGACGCGAACGAGGUUGUGGAGUUCCCUUCGACUUCGAUGUUCCGACACAUCGGCUGUCCUCGCUUAUGCGAAGCAUCUCUGGAGUUUGACUCGCAUCUCGCUGGAUUCGUCUACAAGGUGAAGUCGCGUAAUCGAUUUCUCAUCAAGAAGGAGAUCCCCGGCCCCGACGCCAUCGAGGAGUUUCUUUAUGAAGUCAAUGCUCUCGAUGCACUGCGGGGAAGCGAUAACGUAAUCCGCAUGGAGGGUCUGGUCACUGACGAUCGAGGGGAAUGCGUCAAAGGCUUGCUGCUAUCAUAUGCUAACCAGGGCGCACUCCUCGAUAUCCUCUGGGAUCAUUCGAGGAAGACCCGAAUCCCCUGGCACCGUCGUGAGAAGUGGGCGAAGCAGAUCGUGCACGGUCUGUCGGAGAUCCAUGAAGCGGGCUUCGUCCAGGGCGACUUUACUCUUUCCAACAUUGUCGUCGAUCACACCGACACAGCCCGCAUCAUCGACAUCAACCGAAGAGGCUGUCCCAUCGGAUGGGAGCCUCCGGAGUUUGAAGAACUCCUGAGGAGCGGCCAGCGGCUCAACAUGGCGAUCGGCGUCAAGACCGACCUUUUCCAACUCGGAAUGGUUCUCUGGGCUCUCGCCGAGCACACAGACGAGCCCGAGAACGUCCCUCGUCCUCUGCGAGAAGCUAUGAACGCUCCCCCGUACUUUCGUGAGAUCAUCAGGACUUGUCUGAGCUUUCGACCCCAAGAUCGCGCAGGUGCAAAUAUUCUCGUUGAUCGCUUCCCUGAG